CUUUGAAAAUUCUAUCAAAUUUUUAGCAACAAUCAAAAUUAACCGGUUUAAUUUUCAUCCACUCGAACAUGAAUACAAUAAUCCGUUCUAUUUUGAGCCACUUCAGAAGUUGCACCAUUAGGAGCUAUCUGGUGGUCUUGCCUGAUAACAGACGUAUAGAAAAACAGCUUAUGCUGGAGGAACUACGAACGGAACGUGGAGUUUUGGACCUGCGAUCCCACGAGCUCUCAGUGCGGCAGAAAAGCAUUGAGGGCAACCUAACCGAUCUAACGCGUUGCAUAAGGGGCAUGGAGUUUGAUUUGAAGGUGAAUUCCGAUCUGGAGAGGAAGGGGAAGACGCAGGCACGUGCAGGCAGUGAGCCGCUCGAUGCCCAGCAAGGCGAUAAGAAAUCACCCAAAGUCGGUGAUUUCAGCGAAUAGCGAAAUCCCCUCGGGUGCUUCCCAGCGGAUCCCAUGGGGCACAAUAGGAAGAGUAUAUAAACACGAAUUCCGCCAUAGAUUGCCAUUCAGAAAGAUUUGAGAUUACCAACCAU